UAUAAUUCUCAUAUGGCCUGAAGGCCGAAUGUUAGGAAGAGUUAGGGAGAGAGGCGUCGACGGCUCGUCUGUAUAAAAGGCUCGAGAGUGAGGUACAGAGCAUCACACAACCACGAGACCUCCUCGAGACAACAUGAAAGCCUUCUUGGUAUUAGCAGCCGUCGCGGCUAUCGGCUCCGCAAGACCUGAAGCCGGGUACUCCUACAAUGCGCCCGGAGGCGGCCAUGGAAUUGGUGGCAUCGGCGGUGGCAUCGGAGGUGGCCUCGGAGGCGGACACGGUGGGUUCUCCUCUGGAGGUCUGAGCUCCAGCUCCUUCGGUGGAAUCGGAGGCGGCCUCGGCGGCGGCCUCGGCGGUGGUAUCGGCGGCGGUAUCGGCGGUGGUAUCGGCGGUGGAUUCUCAUCAGGCGGCGGAUUCUCAUCCGGUGGUGGAUUCGGAGCUGGCGGCGGUGGAUUCGGAGGUGGUUUCGGAGGCGGUGCCAUUGUCCAGAAACACAUCUACGUCCACGUACCACCCCCAGAACCUGAAGAACAACGCCCACAAGUGAUCAGCGGUGGAGCCAUCCCCCAGAAGCACUACAAGAUCAUCUUCAUCAAGGCCCCAGCACCCCCUGCACCCGUCGCUCCCAUCAUCCCCGCUCAAGCCCAAAACGAGGAGAAGACCCUCGUCUAUGUCCUGGUCAAGAAACCCGACGAACAACCCGACAUCACCAUCCCCACUGCUGCCCCAACUCAACCCUCCAAACCCGAAGUAUACUUCAUCAAGUACAAGACCCAGAAGGAAGGUGGCGGUAUUGGAGGCGGUAUCGGCGGUGGUAUCGGAGGCGGUAUCGGAGGUGGUAGCAUCGGUGGCAUCUCUGGCGGCGGUCUGUCUGGUGGCAGCAUCGGCGGUGGUAUUUCCGGAGGUAGCAUCGGAGGCGGCAUCGGCGGCGGCAUCGGUGGUCACGGUGGCUCAAGCGGCAUCGGUGGUGGCAUCAUCUCCGGAGGUCACGGCUCCGGCUCCGGCUCCGGCGUCAGCUCCUCCUACGGCCCCCCCGGUCACUCCGGUCCAUACUAAACCGCACAACGAGUGCUAACUUGUGAUACCUGCUCCGCGGCGACAGAACUAGUUUUAAGUAGAGAAAAAAAAUUACGGUGCCUAAAUGUAUUUAUGUAAAUAGUAAUUUUAAUGCUAAUUAUAGUUGUAUUAUAAAUCAUUUUGCAUAAAAAAUCGAUAAACAAACGAA